UUGAACUCAGGACCUUUGGAAGAGCAGGCAAUGCUCUUAACCACUGAGCCAUCUCUCCAGCCCCCUGGCUUAAUUUUUUUUAAAGAAGUGCUGGUCCUUUUACUGCUUCCACUUAGCAGGUGAAGAAAUGGUUGUUGACACAGUCAACUUUCUUAGAUCAAGCAGCUAUUAGCAGAGUCAAGGCCAAAGCACAAAGCACAGGCCUUGACUUGAGAGGCCAGGACUUAACACUGGUACAAUGUAGAGUUGAGUUGGUCUAUCUAGUUAGCAGCUUCCAUGAGGGUAGUGCUGUCUUGAAAAGUUGACGGCCCUCCUGGGAUCUUUCAACAACUAAGUCCCUGAACCCUACCUGUGAUUGAGUCAGUCUGGGAAGUUUUUUAAAGCUGAGUUAGGUGUGAUGGCACACACCUGUAAUCCUAGCAUUUGGGAGGCUAGGGCAGGAAACUGCCAGAAAGUCCAGGCCAGCUUGAGGUACAAGCAUGACCCCUGUUUAAAAAAAAAACAAAGGGGAUGGAGAGAUGGCUCAGAGAUUGAGUGGUGGCUGAGCCAGGCUCAGGAAGCAGCUCUCUGGGACUUGGAAGGUAUCCAGGGCUACAUGAGGAGAUCCCGUCUACAAAACAAAAAACACCCAUCCCGGCAAGGUGGCAUAAUGCCUUUAAUCACAUCACUGAGGAGGCAGAGUAUUUAUGAGUUUGAGGUCAUCUUGGUUUACAUAGUGAGUUCCAGGUUUGCCAGGGCAACAUAGGAAAACCCUGUCUCAACAAAACAAAACCAUCCACAAAUAUUAGGACCAACUUCUUUGAGAUCCCAACAUAGACUGAAAACCCAAAGCUCUCCAAGAAUCCUUGAGGCCUCCAGGGCCAGGAGGAGACUACUGAGACGUGCUGUCUUGCAGACUGAACAACAGCUGGAUUCUUGGGUUCUCCCAAGUGAGACAACCUCCUAUACAUAUAGAGAGAAUAUAUAUAAACAAAGCUGUGUUCCUGUAGAGAACCCUGACUAAUAUCCUUGCACAAGACUUGAACAAGAUCAAAUCAAGCCAACCAACAUUCCAAUGGGAAUCUAAGAGGAUGGAGCCCAGUACCUGUAAGAACAGUGAAUCUGAGGAAGACUAUGUUGAGGAAGAAGAGUCUGAGGAAGAGUGUGUUAGAGAGGAAGCUACCACCCCUAACUCUUCCCAGCAGGCACUUGCAGAAGCUGACUAUAAAGAGUUUGAGAAUGGGGUUACCUUAUCUGUUGUAGCCAAGAAAAUUCCAAAGAAAAUUUUAAGUGCAACAGACACAGAUGAUUUGGAAGUUGGGAGGAGAAAGAGGAAGCGAAAACGAAGAUCCCUGGCCAUCAACCUGACCAACUGCAAGUAUGAGAGUGUGCGCCGGGCAGCCCAAAUGUGUGGCCUGAAGGAAGUGGGGGAGGAUGAAGAGUGGACUGUGUACUGGACAGACUGCUCUGUCUCACUGGAACGAGUCAUGGACAUGAAGAGGUUUCAGAAAAUCAACCACUUCCCUGGCAUGACGGAGAUCUGCCGCAAAGAUCUGCUGGCUCGGAACCUCAACCGCAUGCAGAAGCUCUACCCAACUGAGUACAACAUCUUCCCGCGAACCUGGUGUCUCCCUGCAGACUAUGGGGACUUCCAGGCCUACGGUCGUCAGCGGAAAACCCGCACUUAUAUCUGCAAGCCAGAUAGCGGCUGUCAGGGCCGUGGCAUCUUUAUCACCAGAACCCCCAAGGAAAUCAAGCCAGGAGAGCAUAUGAUCUGCCAGCAGUACAUCACCAAGCCCUUCCUCAUUGAUGGCUUCAAGUUUGACAUGCGAAUCUAUGUUCUGAUCACUUCCUGUGACCCUCUCCGGAUCUUCAUGUAUGAGGAAGGCCUGGCCCGUUUCGCCACCAUGCCGUAUGUGGAACCUAGCCAUAACAACCUGGAGGAUGUCUGCAUGCACCUGACCAACUACGCCAUCAAUAAACACAAUGAGAACUUUGUCCGAGACGAUGCUGUGGGCAGUAAGAGGAAGCUGUCGACACUCAAUGCCUGGCUGCGAGAGCACAGCUAUGACCCCCGAGAGCUGUGGGGGGACAUCGAGGACAUCAUCAUCAAAACCAUCAUCUCAGCCCACUCUGUUCUUCGCCACAACUACCGAACCUGUUUCCCCCAAUAUCUGUGUGGAGGUACAUGUGCCUGCUUUGAGAUCCUGGGUUUUGACAUCUUACUGGACCACAAGCUCAAGCCCUGGCUUCUUGAGGUCAACCACUCCCCAAGCUUCACCACAGACUCCCGCCUGGACCGAGAGGUGAAAGAUGCACUUCUCUGUGAUGCUAUGAACCUUGUCAACCUCCGGGGCUGCGACAAGAAGAAGGUGAUUGAAGAAGACAAGCGACGAGUCAAGGAGCGGCUUUUCCUAUGUCACCAACAGCCACGAGAAGCCAGGCGAGAACAGAUUGUGUCAUCCCAGGCUGCCAUGCAGGACCAGGAACGAUAUGAAGACUCCCACCUAGGGGGCUACCGGCGGAUCUACCCUGGGCCUGACUCAGAGAAAUACGCACCCUUCUUCAAGCACAAUGGCUCUCUCUUCCAGGAGACUGCUGCCUCCAAGGCCAGAGAGGAGUGUGCCAGGCAGCAACUGGAAGAGAUUCGUCUAAAGCAGGAACAGCAGGAGAACCCAGGCACCAAAAAGCGAAAGGAAAACAAGGACCAGAACCAGGGUGAAUCAGCUGGGGAGAAGAGCCGAUCCAGAACGGGAACACGGAGCCUUAUCACCAACUUGGCUUAUAGGAACCGGAACCGGGAGAAAGAGCUGAUCCCAGCACACCUGGACACCAUGCAGCCUCAGGACAUAGUGGAAGAGGAAGAACUCGAGCGGAUGAAGCUCCUGUUACAAAGAGAGAAUCUUAUCCGAAGCCUGGGUAUUGUAGAGCAGCUCACCCGCAUGCUGUACCCCAGCCACCGGGGCCACAGAAAGCUUCAUGAGUAUCGGCCUAGAUUUCUCCAGGACGGACUGGGCAGUCAGGAACUGCAACCUGUGAAUUUGGUUCCAUUGGUGUUCCUGAGAGGGGCUGCCACAGAACAGGUCCCUCCUCAUUUCCUGCAACCACUUCGGCCCCAUGAAUUGAUCCCCAGAAUCUUAGGGCCACUGUCAAGCAUGAAUCCCGCAAUUGCACAGCAUUCUCGGUACCAUCUGCAGCCCAAGAGCGUCAACUGGAUAAGAGAUCCAGCAACCAUUGUGCCCUGUUCAUUGUCAAUGAAGAAAUCUGGGAAGCAGUAUUUUUCCAGCUCUAGAGUCAGGCUCACUAGCCAAGGCCAAGCCAGCAGAAGGCUAGAAGCCAUAAACCGAGCCCUGUCAGGAUCAGUGCCACCCACUUUAACCCCAAAGCAGGGCUAUCUUCUCCAGCCUGAAAGACAGCAAAGUGACUCAUGGACCGAAUGCUGCACCUUGCCCUCCAUGGUAAACUCUGAACACAGAGGAGCCAAGGCUGGGGAUCUCACCCUUUGCCCUGCCUCUGCGCCAGUGCUGCAGCAUUCCAGCCCACUCCUCAACAUCACCCAACACAGGUAAAAGAAGGGACGCCCAGCAUGCAACCAAAAAAGCAAAUGGCCUGCAAUCACAUUGCUCAUUGAAAGACUGCCACCAAGUUCCAGUUUGAAAAGCUCUGGCCAGGACCUUUGUUGGCAAAAGGCAAAACCCAAAGACACCAAGGAUUCUUCAACAUUCUAAGAUUCUUUGGGGAAUCGGUAAAGACUAAAAGACGAAGCGCUAAGGCCAGCAUGAAGGCAUCUCUCUGCUCAUCAAGCCUUAGGCUGGGUUUCUCGCUAAGCAGUGGGUCUGAACGCUGGGGUUGGAGGUCACUGGGCAACAAGGAGUUCCUUUCCCGGUGGAGUCAAAUGCCCAAGGUACGGUGUAGUCACCAUCAGAAGAUUGCUGAGGGUCCGCCCUUCCUGCCACAGUGGCAGAAUCAGGCAGGCCUGGGCAGCCUGUGCCAGAGGGGCGGCUCUGGGCAAUGAACUCGUCUUUUUAUUAAAGUUUAUGUCGUUUUC